AUUCGAUGCGCCGGGCUGGUCAGAGCAAGCGUGGACGUGUACCGCGUCGGAUCCUUUCGAUUUUUCGCUCGAUUCUUUGCUCGUUUUUCCACUUACGACCGCGUUGCGAGUCACACCGCUGCCAGACUCGGACCGAUAGCUUCCUAGUUACGCGAGUGCUUCGAACCCGAUCGGUUCUUCUUGCCGUUCUCGAAUCUUAAUCGCCGAAAUACGUACGUACUACGGGGAAUCGAGAAAACUUCCGGGAUUGGAAGGUGAAUCGAGCCGGAGUAUCGACGAUCGACACAGUGCGGACGAAUCACACGUGCAGUGACAUCGGUAUCGAAUUUUGAGCGAUCAAUCGAGAUUUCUCCGUCGUUCGUCCAGUCGGUUGGACGUAAAACGUACCGCGUGUCGAGUUCGUAGGAUUCUAAGUUUCGCUCACGAAACAUCUGCGAUGAUCAUAAGAGUGAGAAUUCGAGUGACGCUAUAUAUUAGCGACACUGUCUUUCGUUCUAUACGUUUUUGGUACUCGCUUUUACUUGGACCCGAACGCAUUGCGGCUAUUUUGAACGAGUAGACCAAUAGCACCGGUAAGAAUGUAAAGAUUGGUCGGACAGAAGAACCGCGAGUGUCAGUAGUUUACAGUGUCCGGUGAAUUUGACUUUUCGAAAGGCAUCUACGCUCGCUGGAAGUCGCCAACGUCGAACCAGGAUUGGAGCAGAAAGAUCCGCAUAGCGUUCGAAGCGCAACUCGUCGCUUAACUCGUCGCUUGACUCGACGAGCAGCACGACGGCGACGACGACGGUGACGGCGACAGCGACGACGGCGGUUCUUCUCCUCCGUUCGGCGGCGCUGUCACCUCCGAAAAUGCCACAGCUCCGCAUCGAUUGUUCCAAACUAACUCCUUCGAAUCAUUAAGACGCCUACACUAGAAACAUAGCAGAAUACUCGAACAAGAUGUCAAUGACGGGAAGCUUAAUGGGUUACGAAAAUAAUAACGAGGUAAAUCAAGCAAAGUGCAAAAAGCCAUUAAAACCGCUCCCGAUAGUGUCCAGCGUAAACUCCAGCGGUAUCACGACUACCAACAAAGCGAAAAAGCCACGAAGGUCUACUAGACGAAACUCUUGUAUACGAGGUCACGUGAAUAGUUUGUGGUCCGUCUGGUACGGCGUUUUGGCGGUCGCUUUUCAAGCUUACAUCGGCUUGAGAUACGCAAAAAGGUUUGCCGCAUAUUUAUCGUUACCUUGGCCGGCGGACGCUCCACCGCCCAAGGUGGAGUUAUACGCGUGUCUGGUGCUAGCCGGAGCCGGGGUUGUCCUACUGCCGGUUCUGCUUGGCGCGGCCUUCCUGAAGCUAGGCAACCUGGCGAACGAUGGAGUGAAGCUCGGUCGUCAUUUGAGCGCCUGUUCACGCGACCCGCCUUCAUCCUUGCUUACCAACAAUCCUGACCACAGUUUGGCGAAUAAUUUAUGGCGACACGGAGGUCCCACGGCUGCUUUCGUACACCUUUGCACAGCCAUGUGCUUCCUGCUGCCCUCGCUGCUCAUGGAGGCUAGAUUGAUACACGCUGGAUUUCUGCCAAAAGAAACAAUAUGGCGUACGGACCUCGAUUGGCUAGUGACUCACCGGGAUCGUCUGGUUGUAUCCAGUUUCAUGAAUCCAAACGUGAAUCUCAGCAUCCUAACGGGCUUCAUAACUCCUCAGCCUUUCGUCACCUUAGCACCGGACGAAGAAUCCGACAAUAUAGCCAACGACAUCGUCACGACGAAAUUGGAAUUGACCGACGUUAUUAAUAAAUCAACGGCAAUGGAAUUUCGACCACGCGACCGCACGAACGAACAUCUUGGUCAGUUUCGUACACCAGCGAGUACCAAUCUACCCGUACCCAAUGCAAGAGUUUCAAGCGUUAGCACUACUUUGCCUACCAACAAGAUUACGAUGCCCAUGACGCAAAAAAUUAUUAACGACACGACGAAAACACCGUCCAUAGUCAAUGGGGCGUCGAAAUUAAAUUCCACGAGACUGACAUCCGCAGCUUCUCCGAUUACAACAACAGCAACGACCAGUACAAAUAUGGCUGCAACAACUACGGCAACGAUAACAACGACAACGACAGCGACGACAACGACGAGAGGCGUUAAAGCGCCUGCAAGCUCAGACGAGGCGGCAGCGGUUACAGCUGCGACUACGACCGCAACCGCAGUUCCAACCGCUGCUACAGCCGUAACGACAACGUUACCGUCGACGUCAUCUUCAACGUCUAGCUCGAUGAAGUACGGCAAUACCGUUAGAAGACCUACCGCUGCGAAGUCGAUUAUUAGAAGCAAUAAUUCGAGGAGUAAAUUGAAAACGAAGAACACGGGGAAAUCAUCGACGACUGUUCGGCCCGGUAAGAACGUUGGGAAUAUGACAGCGCAGAGUAUGUCGUUGACGAUGAAUAGUUUGGCUGAUUUGGAUCAUCCGGAGAAGUUGAAUCCGGGUAAGUUAAAAUCGGCUGAAUCAUACGGACCUAUUACUCUCGAGUACUUGAAUUACGCCAUCGCUCUCGGAGUGUAUUCUGUGAGAUACCCAGCGGUGUUCUGGUCGUGCAAUAAACCGUUGGCCACGAUUUUUAGCUUCCAGUUGAUCGUCAAUUCCGCCCAGAGUUUAUUAGCCUAUAUUGGAAUGUCCGUACUUUACAAGGUUCAAGUGAUGGGACCCUUGAAGGUGCUACCAGUUCUUCGACAACAGUAUCGCACGAUAUCGACUACUAGCAGCAUAUCGACAAUCUUCGGGGACUCUUACUUCUUACUAAAUCCACACGUUACCCUCGUCUUGUUUGCUCUUUCCUCCCUCCUGGUGCUCUGUUCUAGCAUGGUGAUGUAUUUCUACGCUUACGGCAGGUUUACGGCGUUUUUGAGCCAAGAACGAGAGCGUCGAAUAAUCUUGUCAAAGGAGAAUAGAAAUGGCAAUGGUUGGAUGUAUUUCAUUCACUGCACAGCUCUGUGCGUAUUCCUGUCGAUCGCGAUCUGCAGCGCACCGUUGCUCUACGACUACAGCGUCGUGUAUCGUGGCAGUCUGGAUGGCGCGAUAUUAGCCUGUGUCGUCGCUACCGUUCUGCACUUGUUCCUCUGGUUACUCUUAUGGAUCUUUCUCACGAUAAAACAACGCUGGACAUUCAAAUUGCGAGUGACGAUCGGUCGUGCUACCGUUAGGUCAGCCAGAUCGGUGAAACUCGUAACUGACGUGGAUCUAUUGUCAGCUAGAGACGACGAGGACGGAACUAACGCGCCGUUACUGGUCGUUGGGAAUGGUAGAACUUACACGAUUGCCGACGCGUCGCCGAAGAAAGCUAUCAUGAGCGUGAUACAAAAGGCGGCUAUUGAAAGGAAAGCACGCAGUCAAGGAAACGUCGAUUCCGUAAACGGCGACUCAGCAGCCGACGACGAACAGAUUUAUUGGCUAAGACCAAAAUUACGUCCAUCGCCGACUAGAUCGCCGAACGACGGAAACGUAGCGCCAACGACGGAAAAGGGCUGGCUGAACAAGAAAUUGAAACCCAAGGUCACCUUUAACGACCUGCCUAGUACGUCAGGCUCGCGCAAUAAAGGAAAAGUCAGACGAGGCACCGGUGACGGAGGCCCUGAAGAUGAUGGAGAUUAUGCCACGUUACGAGAAUUACCGCUGAUCACGUCUCUGGACCCAGCGGACGAUUCAACGUCCGAAGAGAACAAGUGGGAAAGGUGGCUGAUAUCUCGUAGGGACGUUAUACCUAAGUUUGGCAACCUGCUCGAGUGCGUGAACGACGACCAAGUGACAUACUACGCGAGCGCAAAUCGCGAUCUACAACCUUCGGAAGGCGACCCCUCGCCCCUAUUGACUCCAGACCCUUUGCCCGAUCCCACUUCGGAACCACUUCCACUGCCACCUCCGACUCCGACUCCGACUCCAACUUGUGCACCGACUACCGAAGUUGUCACGGCGUUACUAACCACUAACACCCAGGCAAACGGUGGUCAAACGCCGCGAUGUCUGCGUCGAGGGGAUUCGGGAAUGCCACACGAAGAGUUAACACCUCGCUCGGAUUCUUCAAAUUCUCCGCCAUUGGACGCCGUGGUGGGUGGUAGCAGCGGAGCUGGUUCGGUGACGGGUCACAGCAACGCGAGCAGCCACAGCGAAACGUCCUCGAGUGGCGUGCACAGUAACGCGAGCAACGCGAGUAACGGUAGUUGUCAAAGACGAGCGACGAGCGUGGACGACGUGAGCGGCAACUGCGAUCAACGAGACGGCGAGGAAUCACGCGAUCAGUGGCGCAGCUGUUCCCUCCAGCGAGGGAUUCAGCCUCCAUCCGCAACGGCCACCUUCUCACCGCCGAACAGUCGUCCAGGCACUAGUCAAUCCUUCUCAUCGCCGCAAUACGCGAAUCACGUGCCACUGUUCGCCAAUAUCAACGCGAAUUCAACAGCGAACGCGAGUAUAAACGCGAGUGCGAACACGGGCGUCAACACGAACGUUAACGCGAACGACGUCAACGUGGUUGGACAAGGAUGUCCAGCUGUGAUUCUCGAGAAUCCGAACGAGGCGACCGUGGUGAUCCGGCGGAAACUCUCGAGGACGAAGCUGACGGAACCGCUGAAUCCUAACGAGGAACCUUUCGGUCGUUCCACGAACAUGAGGAUGACGUCGUUCACGGAGAGCAACGAUAUCCGCGUGCACGCAACGUCGGCCACUCUGCCGCAUUAUCCGACCCAGCCGGCGGUCACUUAUCCGCAUUGCUCCACCAUGCCUCUGCCACACGCCUCUCAUAGUAUGGCUGGAUCUCAUAUGGGUGGAUCUAGCGGAAGCUGCGGAUCGGUGCCGAGGCACGCUUUCGUCCCUCCGCAAGUACACUCGUCGGUACCAGCCCAUACUACUCUACCGUCCCAUCACAACGGCGUCAGACUUCUUCACGGCAUCACGCCCACACCGAACAACCCUUUCGUCAAGAGGUUCCCUCCUGUGCAGCUACACACGCAACCCUGGGCACUGCCAGGCCACCACACUUUCCCCCAAGCUUCGCAGGUUAAUGGAAAAUUGACCACUACCGCGCAGAUCAGGCAGAGCGAUCGCGACUCGGCUAAUUUCUCGAUGGCCAGCAGCGGAGACUCGGAUACGUGUUUGCCUCAUUAGACGUUGAUCGUGUCUGCUAGAUUCCAACCUCUUCGCUCUCGCUCCGCUCCCCGAUACGUUCUCACGACGCCGUUCCCGUCGUCAUUCUCGACGAUCACGUUCCUAGGUCGCCUCGACGAAACGUUUCCCAUCGAGACAUUCGCGAGAUUGUUCUCAGAAAAGAAUCGUCGUUCUUCGCGAACGUACUUCGAUGGGAACCUUCUUUCAAACGUGUUUUCUUCUCAUCGAGGUUCGUGGAGAAUUACCAUCGUGGAUUUUUACCCUAUCACCGAUAUCAAAAGUAACGUUAUUACAUAUCAUACCGGUCGAUUACUCACAACAUCCGACACUUACGGUUACAUUGUCUUAUUUUCGAUACAGAUGUCGUAUGUCGAGAUAAUAUUCUGCCCCGUUCUUCCAUAUCAAUUAUCUCUCCAUAUGCACGUACCAGUAAGAAAUCAUACACUUGUAGAUACACUUUUAUGGUCUGCCCGUUUUUUCAGCCGGUACAACGACUCGUUCGAAUAUGAACGAACGACUCGCCAUACAAACAUAUCUCGCCAGCUGCUCACGAAUCACCGCUCGUCAAUCGCUCGUCAAUCACGAACCAUUAUAAUCGCACGUGAGACUAUUUCGAUCGCCAGACUGGAAGGAGUGAAAUUUUUUUACAUUUUUUAUUUUUCCAUAUAGCUUGGCGUGGUCAUACACCGUUUCAUCGCUUUAUUGCAAUAAAUAGCCGACAAAGACACUCGUGAAAAUAAUUUACGACUGCUUAAAAUAACUUAUAUAUAUAUAUAUACUUAUUAUUACAAAAAAAAAAAAAUGUUCUUUUAUCAUUAUUCUGAAAGCUGAACGCGAAACUUGCAUUUCAAACGGAAAAUCUUCGCACGAGUUGUUUACCCUCGUGAUAUUCGAGACGGCACAAUUUCGAUCCCACGCGACGUAAUAACGAU